GCUUGUUCCGCCUCUCCGUCAAACCGACAAACAUUCGGCAGUUUUCGUUCAAGCGGAGAGAGCAGGAAGACUGAUUUAUGUUUGACGCGUCACGGGAGGAGAAAACCUCCACGGUUGGAUCAUCUACGGCGGCCGAGUAGGGUGGGAAAAAAAAAAAAAAGAGGCGUUUUGGAGAACAGGUGGUUGGAGCCGCGGUGUCCCACCGAGCAGAAAGGAAAAGCUCUCCUCCCUCCCAGCUCCUCCACGGCCACGGCUCCAGUUCCCGGGGGGAACAUUAGCGCUUGCUCCGCACAGUGUUGCACGGACCAAGAUGUCCUCCAAGGCCCAGAGUAACCUACCCCAGGCCCGGCAGAUAGUGCAGCAGCUGAGACUAGAGGCAAGAAGGGAGAGGAUAAAGGUCUCCAAAGCCUCUGCUGAUCUGAUGCACUACUGCAUGGAACAGGCCAGAGGGGACCCGCUCCUCAGAGCCAUCCCUGCUUCAGAAAACCCUUUCAAGGAAAAAAAACCCUGCACUAUAUUGUAGUGGACGCCAUGUUUUCUUUUCCUUUUGCUUCUUAAUGUCGCUGUUUUCUUCAUGUUGGGAGGAGCGAGACUCGAACUGGGAAUCAUAUCAUUACAUGUUUUAACAAUUCAUUCAUAAUCACCCACAUGUGGCUGUCCUAUCAGUGAGAUAUUUACCAAAACUACUGAGCUGCCGUUCUUCAGCCUGAACUUCAUUACCACUACUUUGGAAAUCUUUGGCUGUUUGGGUUCACGUCUUCUUUACGAAGCUGUUUUUUAAUGGCUGUACCCUGUCAGUUUUCAUACAGUUGUGCCUUCAGUGGGCAGUGACUGUUAUUUCCUUCUCUGCUUUGCCUUAAAUGGAAACCAACAAACAAAGUUUCCAACCUGUUUUUUUUUUUUUAUUAUAAUCUUCACAUGGUUGAGAAUCACUGCGGAGGUUUUACCAUGUGGUAAAAUAUGCGGCUAAAUUCUUAGAUCACAGUUUCCGAAUGUUUGCCAAUAUGUAUUUUUAUGUAUUGAUAGAAAUCAGGUAUUAAUUAAUUCCAAUUAUACGAAGACAGAAGUAUUUUACAGCUGAUCAAAGCUCUGAACAGCCAAUGACAAUCUGAUUUUUAUUUAACUGCCAAUUAGUUUUUUGUUUUAUUUUAUUCUGCAGUUUAAAAAAUUCCACAGUGUUUCCUCUAAACGGUUUUAAAUCAAAGGAAAAAUGGUCCAAAAGUG